UGAACAGAUUAAAUGAUCAUUGUUUCUUUGCAAGAUCUGUCACAGUUUGCAAACGAAUCGAUUAAAGUAUUUAUACAUAUAUAGGGGAAGAGAUCAUGAGUGCCACAAAUGUUGAUGAAGUUUUGGAAAUUAUUGGUUUCGGUUGCACGCAAUUCAUAAUGCUGUGCACCUGCGGCUGCAUCUCUGUCUUUAUAAUGAACGAAAUAAUGGGCAUUACCGUAAUGGCUGUGGCAAUUGCAUGCGAAUUCGCAUUGAGCGACAUUGAACGCUCGUUUCUAACCAAUGCCGGUUUCCUGGGCAUGAUUGUCUUUGGCCAUUAUACGGGCUAUACAACCGAUUUGAUUGGUCGUCGUCGCAUGAUUUUAUAUUCCGUUGGGUCGAGUCUGAUCACAUCGAUUAUAUCGGUGGCCAUGCCAAAAUUUUACAUGUAUCUUUUACUUCGAUUCAUGGUGGGAUCAUUCAUCACUGGAGCUAGUACCUCGAAUUUUGCCUAUAUAAUCGAGUAUACAGCAGUGCGAAUACGUCCACAUAUUGUCACAUUCACGGGUUACUUUCUAGCCCUUGGUUAUAUCUAUGCGCCAUGUCUUGCCCAUUUCAUUGGCUCGAUGAAGUGCGUUUUAUUCAGUGUUGGCAGUUUUGACAUACGUUUGUGGCGUCUCAGUGUCCUUUUGAAUACGGCUCCUGGUGUACUUGCCUUCAUAGCGAUGUUUAUACUCCCCGAAUCGGCCAAGUAUUUGCUUUCGGUGGGUAAAAGCGAAAAGGCCUUUAAUAUUCUCAAUGGCUUGUGCAAAAAGAACCGUGGCCAGGAUCUGCAGAGCUUCGGAGUGACGAGUAUAACACAACCGAAUUUGCGCAGCGAUUUUGAAGGACAGGAGAGGAAAUGUUUUCUCCUGCAAGUUUGGUUGGAAACAAUUCCACUUUUCAAGCCACCAUUUCGUCGUCCCAUUUUGCUGCUCAUGAUGGUUAUGUCCGGCAAUUUCUUUGUGGGCACUGGCUUGGGAAGCUGGUUCAUGCAAUUGCGUCAACGUAUGCCCGACGUGAGUGAGACUGUUUGCCAAAUGCUGGAUAACCAUUGGCUGGACAUGAAGAGCGGCAACUUCACGGCCGCCUCCUGCUGGGACACUCCAGUCGACUACAUCGACGGUGUACUGUUUGGCUGCAUUGUGCUGGGUGUUUACAUUUUGAUUUCCAUUGCUCUUAUCUGGCUGAACCGUAAAAUCAUUAUGCUGAGCCUCCUUUUGGUGGCCACUUUUUGUGGCUUCGUUUUGAAUUUCAUCAAUCAGAAGUUGUUUAUAUUAUGUGCAUUCAUUUGCUUCAUAACUCUGUGCACUUGCUGCAUUCCGUUGGUAGCGAAUAUCGUUUGUGAUGUGGUCCCCACUCAUAUUAGAGGCACUGCAAUUAGCAUUAUAAUCACCAUUGCACGUUGCCAUACUGUGGUGGCCAGUCAAGUGGUUGGAGCUUUUCUUCUAGCUCAUUGUUAUCUAAUUUUUAAUAUUUUUGUUGCUGUUGCCUUGGCGUGUUUCGUUACGAUUUUCUUUUUGCCAAAGUAAUUCUAUAUAUAGAGAAUAAAUUCGAAUAAAAUAUAUGUGGCAUUACUAGUACACAUACAUUAUGGGAAUAUCACACACUGCGUAUACGUGAUAUGCGUAAUUAUUUGACAGACAUGCUUCAUUAAAACUUUUUUUGUGUGUCCCACAACCCCCACACUACCCUGCCCCGCAGACCCCGCUCCAUUCAGUUGGCAUCCUUAUUUUAUUUGCAGCUUCUUCUUUUUGGCUCCCUUUGGGGCACAAGUGGCUAGGGGCCAAAAGGGGCUUUAUUAUCAGCCUUGGCAAUCAGUCAAUCAAUCAUUCAAUCAAUUGAGCGCACAUAGCACGAAGCGAAAAUUUUAUGUGCCUCACACACACACACACAGAGAGAGAGAGAGAGAGAGAGAGACAGAGAGAAGAAAAAAAGGAUUAUGGCAAAAGUUCAAAUACAUC